GGAAUUCUUGUUGUUAGGUUAUAAACUAGGAAAGGAGGGGGGAGAGUCGAUGGGAUAAAAUGUUCCUCCAGAGUCGACCGUAUUGUAGUUUGUCGAGGCUAAGUGAACGAUCGUAACGAAACGAAGAUGAAGUAUUUCAUGGUGAUAGGAGUCUUUAUUUGCGGUAUCCAUAUUAUCACGGGUGCAGAUACUCGUUCAAAAUUCGAGGAAGCGCAAAUUGUACCUGACAUACUGGACAAGGCACCAACGGAGAAAAUCGAGGUCAAAUACGGAGAGAAAGUGGUUGAUUUUGGAAAUGAGUUAACUCCGACGGAGACGCAAAAGAUUCCAGAAAUUCAUUAUAAACAUGAAGGGGGAGUUCUUUACACACUUGUAAUGACAGAUGCUGAUGUGCCGACCAGAAAAGGAUACAAUCGAGAAUUUCGGCAUUGGCUUGUUGGAAAUAUUCCAGAGGAAAAUAUUGCGAAAGGAGAAAUAUUAGCAGAGUAUGUUGGUCCAGCGCCACCAAAAGGUAGCGGGAAACAUCGAUACAUCUUUCUCGUUUACAAGCAGAAUCAAGGGUCUAUUACUUUCGACGAGAGAAGACUAAGCAACAGGGAUGGCCCUCAACGAAAGCGAUUCAACAUAAAGAAGUUUGCAGAAAAAUACAGUUUGGAAGGACCAAUAGCAGGAAACUUUAUGAGGGCAGAAUAUGACGAUAACGUGCCAACAUACGCGAAACUUUUAGGAUUCUAAGGGAUUAAGAUGAUUUUAAGUUGAGUAACCGGCUUACGAACGACACUCUUUUUUUUUUUAUUGGUAUUUAGGUGAUGGUACGAACAAAUUGCUUGUACAAGUACGACUGCCGGCCAAUCGAGGUACGAUAUAUUCAAUUUACAAUGAGGACGAUGAAAUGAGAUAAUAAACGUUUGAAGAAAAUAAUAGAUACGAGAAAAAUCGA